AGACCAGAAUCAAAUUUUACCCGUUUGCCCAUCUCAAUUGAGUAAACCAACGUUCAAGAUCGCAUUAUCAUGGCGUCACGUGUUGCUUACCAUGAACCCCAAACCAGGAGAUCACAAUCCUCCUCAUCACACGUCACAGUAACAAAGCACGCAUUCCGAAGCAAAAAGGUAGAGACGCGUCUUUCCAACCUGGCUUCCUACCAAUGUUACCCCACGCCAACCAAAUCAAGAUGAAAUACCAAACAUACCCCUAAACCUUCUCAAAAACACACACUCCCUUUUCUUUCACUAUGAGCCUUCCUCCCACUCUUCAUCAUGAUGCCACCGACAUUCAUCUUUCUCCUCUUUACAGCUGUAACAGUUGCCGCUGCCGCACAUUUCCCAGUAUCCGGUGAUAUUCCCACCUUUCGCGAAGCUCAAGCAUUCCGCAACGGAAGGGAAUGCCGUCGCGCCGCGUGGUCUGCCGUUGGCGCCGACCAUAACCCCGCCGUAAUUCACAUCGCCAUGACGCUUGAUGCGACCUACCUCCGCGGCUCCGUUGCCGGCGUCUUCUCUGUCCUCCAACAUGCGUCAUGUCCAGAAAACAUAGUCUUCCAUUUCAUUGCGACCACGCACCGCCGUCCGGAGCUUCGACAAACUAUCGCCGCCACAUUCCCGUCGCUUACGUUUCGCCUCUACUACUUCGACUCAAACCUCGUCCGCGGCAAGAUCUCAUACUCCAUCCGCCGCGCACUGGACCAGCCACUCAACUACGCCCGAAUCUACCUUGCCGACCUCCUUCCGGCCACUGUACGGCGAAUCAUUUACUUCGACUCCGACCUAAUCGUCGUCGAUGACGUGGCGAAGCUCUGGAACAUCGAUCUCGGUACGCACGUGCUCGGAGCACCAGAGUAUUGCCACGCGAACUUCACUAACUACUUUACGCGCCGAUUUUGGUCGAAUCCUAGCUAUGCGGCGUCGUUUAAGGGACGCGACGCGUGUUAUUUCAACACAGGUGUUAUGGUCAUAGAUCUCCUGAAGUGGAGGGAUGGAAGAUACACUGAGAAGCUUGAGAACUGGAUGAGGAUCCAGAAACGAAACCGGAUCUACGAGCUUGGAUCAUUGCCGCCGUUCUUGCUUGUGUUCGCCGGCGACGUUGAGAGAGUGGAGCACCGGUGGAACCAGCACGGCCUCGGCGGUGAUAAUCUUGAAGGGCUUUGCCGUGACCUUCACCCUGGUCCGGUGAGUUUGCUGCAUUGGAGUGGAAAAGGGAAGCCAUGGCUAAGAAUCGAUUCCAAGAAACCGUGUCCGCUGGAUAGUCUUUGGGCGCCGUACGAUCUGUUUCGGCACUCUUCGUCGGUGUCAUCGGUUUUCACCGAUAGCUAGUUGUUACGGCAUGUUUGAUUUUCCGUUUAAUUUAAGAAAAUUGAAGUUGUUGAAGAUAAUUUCGUGCAAUUGCUUUUUCUAAACGGGGAAUCAAACAAGCUGCGCUAAUACUUUUUAUUAUUAUCAUUUUUUUUUAUCACCGUUGCGGUGGGAGGGUGGUCACGUGACAGUGGUGGACACGCGCGUGUAGUGGAAAAUAAUGUGUCUGUGUACUGUGUACGGUACGGAUAAUGUCUGACACGUGUCUUUUUUGGAUGGUAUACGGUGACGUAGAACGGGGUUUUGCCGUUUUGGGUUGCCGGUUGCAUUGGGGUAUUGUGUAUAGUAGAAUCAUAGAUUGAUAAGGUAGAUGGUUAGUGUGCAGUCUACAGCGUCAGUGUGUGGUUGAGGGGGGUUAAUGGUAGAUAGGUUUUUCAUUUGGAUAAUUGUAGUACCUCACUGAUGCUGUAUUAUGUGACUCGGCGGAUUCUUCAAUAUUGUUGAAAACCGGAAAUUGUUCAUUCUUUAUA